CAAUAAAACCUAACCUGUGUCUGCAGGUCAACCAGCCUAUAAUGGAGACUGACCCAGACUGGGCACCAUCCCCACAUCUGGACACACAUCGGUCACACCGACAAAUGCAGCUCUGCAAGGCGAUUUAGGUGGGAGCAGCUAAGGAAAGCACCAGAGACGGGAGUCUGCCGGGAUGCAGAGACUGGAGAGCUGCAGACUGAGGAGGGGACCUCGGAGCCUGGACAAAAAUAACCAGAGUAAUGGAUCCGAACCUUUCCUGUCUCAUCCUUUUCAAUCUCAUUUGCCUGGUUGCCUGCACUUCUGACAACCACCAGCACAAUGGCAGCCACCACUAUGAUUACUGUGUGGUUGGAGGUGGUCCUGCAGGACUGCAGAUGGGUUACUUCCUCUCCAAGGCUCAAAGGAACUACAUCAUUUUGGAGAGGAACUCGGGACCUGGCAGCUUCUUCAACAAAUAUCCCAGACACAGGAAGCUCAUAAGCAUAAACAAGGUCCACACAGGAAGACAGAACCGGGAGUUCAACCUCCGCCACGACUGGAACUCGUUGCUGAGCGAUGAUCCCAACCUCCUGUUCAAGAGAGUCAGCAGAGAGUUUUACCCACCAGCGGAUACCUUCCCUCUCUACCUGUCCAUGUUUGUGAAGGAGCUUGGCUUGAGGGUCCUGUACGGUGUGGACAUCGGAAAGAUCCGAGCUGUACAGUCACAGACUGCCAGGCGCUACCUCUUGACUGAUCAACAUGGAUCACACUACUUAUGCAGCAUCCUUCUGGUGGCUACAGGCUUGUGGGUUCCUCAAACAGUAGACUUUGUAGGGUCAGACCUGGUGGAGGGCUACGAGUCCAUCUCAACAAACCCAGAAGACUUCAAGAAUCAGGCAGUACUGAUCCUUGGAAAGGGGAAUUCUGCCUUUGAAACAGCCCAGAGCAUCCUCGGAAGCGCGAGUCGGGUGCACAUGCUGAGCUCCAGCCCGGUUCGACUUGCUUGGCAAACGCAUUAUGUUGGGGAUCUCAGAGCUGUGAACAAUGAGCUGAUAGACACAUACCAGCUGAAGUCCCUUGACGGGCUGGUGGAGUCACGUCUGGAGAAAAUAGUCAUCGCUCGCAAAAAAGACAAUGGUGCAAGCAGAUCAGGUGGAAAGAGGAAGGAAAAAACAGAACAGCUGUAUCUAACUUUGAAAAAGUAUGUAAACGUGAAGAACAGCUCAGACGUGACCCGAGAAGAACUCCCAUCGCAUCAUAUCGACAACUUCCCAAUGCGAAAACCCUACGACCGUGUCAUUCGAUGUCUCGGAUUUCGGUUCAACUUCAGCAUAUUCGACAGCUCUGCCUGCCCACCGAAUAGUGAAAAUGCCAAAGGGAGGCUCCCAGGACUGACGGCCUGGUAUGAAGCGACCGACACUCCGGGCCUGUUCGUGUUGGGAACCGCUGGUCACUCCAGAGACUACCGAGCAUCUGCUGGUGGUUUUGUCCAUGGCUUCCGUUACACAGUACGAGCCGUUCAUAGAGUUCUUGAGCAGCGAUACCAUACAAACAACUGGCCUUCAACCACACUGCUGACAACACAGCUGCAGUCUUGGAUUUUGAAGAGGGUUGGUGAGGCCUCGGGGCCAUACCAGAUGUUUGCAGUGCUGGGCGAUCUUAUACUUCUUCGAGGAUCAGACUGUGUGUACCUGGAUGAGUUCCCGCUCCAGGCUUUGCCUCAGUUCUCUUCACUCUCUGGCCAUACAGUCCCCAGCCGCGGGCUAAUCGUGGUGCUCAUGCAGUACGGGAAGAAGAAGAUCGACUACCUGGGGAGUAAUAGGGCAGAAACAGAUUGGACAAAGGCUUGGAAGUCCAACUUCCUGCAUCCAGUUUUAUACUACUAUGAGACUCUUCCUACUAAAGAUGACAUGAAGCUGCUUCCUGAGGGCUGGCCUUUACCAAGGCCCAAAGCUAUUCACCACAUGGUUGAGGACUUCCUCACGGAGUGGGAAAGCCCCAUAUCUCACAUCCAACCACUGCGGCGCUUCCUGGAGCAUUGUCUUCAGACUGACCUCAGGACUUUCUAUGCAGAGUCGUGUUUCCGCUCGUCUCUUACCCACCACAAGCCGCCACCGUUCUGCCAGCAGGGAUACCUGAAGCAGCAGGGUGUAAUCCACAGCUCUGAGCUUCAGCAGAACUUUCCUACCUCUGGACUCUCUGGCUGAUCAGGAACUUGGUUCACCUGGAACUGACCUGCCAAUCCCUGACAACCUGGUGUCAGCUGGAACCUCCAUGUCUUCAGGACUUGGCCUCUGAUUGUUGUCCCAACAGUCUGCCAAAGUAUCACACUCAUGUAUUCUCUCUGAAACAGUUCCUACUAAUAGAGAUUUCAUAAUAUCGCUGUGAGUAUAUUUAAGGUCUGAGCCUGAGAGCACCAAGGGUGCGAGGGACCCUAUUUGAAUGUAAGGAAUUCUUCUUUCUAAUUCUGCUGGAACUGCUGCAUUUUUGAGGCCUAAACACUCAAACUUGCAAGAAAAUUCCACACAAGUCAGAAUUGGUGAACAUUUUUUUUCUUAUUAUUUUAUAGUCAUUGCGGAUGUGUGUGCCAAAAUAGCUCCAUGGAGCCCUCUUCAAUUUUUUCUGAUUUUUAAUGUCUACUGUGGGCAGCAUGUUUCAGCGUACAUCUAUGAAAUUUGGUAUGUAGCACAUCAGACUGCACAAAAGAAUUUGGUGUUAUGUGUAAAUGGUGUGAAAGAACAUCCUCCUAGUGGGUAAAACCUGUGAUUCAAUUUCACUGCUUCUGCAUGAAUAAAAUGCAUG